ACCCAGGCACGACCGUCUUGCCCUAUUCCAAGAUGGCGGCGCGGCUUCACCGAAAAUCUUGCUUCCGCUCCUCCGCCGGAGAGGCCCUUUUUGAUUGGCCAGCGGACGGCGCCGUGGAGUGACGCACAGGGGCGCUGACCAGUCGGCUGAGAGCUGAGCUGGACUUCGCAGGGAGCCGGAGCGGGUCUCUAGCAGCUGUGGGUGCGGACGCGGCCAGGUGUACGGCUCCUAUCAGCUUUAGCUUCAGUUUCUUUUCAGACUAUGGCAACAUAUCUGGAGUUCAUUCAGCAGAAUGAGGAACGGGAUGGUGUGCGCUUUAGUUGGAACGUGUGGCCUUCCAGCCGUCUCGAGGCUACGAGAAUGGUUGUUCCCCUGGCUUGUCUCCUUACUCCUUUGAAAGAACGUCCAGACCUGCCUCCUGUACAGUAUGAACCUGUGCUUUGUAGCCGGACAACUUGCAGAGCCAUUCUCAAUCCACUUUGUCAGGUUGAUUAUCGAGCAAAACUUUGGGCCUGUAAUUUCUGUUUCCAAAGAAAUCAGUUCCCUCCCGUUUACACUUGUAUAUCCGAAGUCAAUCAGCCUGCUGAAUUGAUGCCCCAGUUUUCUACGAUUGAGUACGUGAUACAGCGAGGUGCUCAGUACCCUCUGAUCUUCCUCUAUGUGGUUGACACGUGCCUAGAAGAAGAUGACCUUCAAGCACUCAAAGAAUCCCUGCAGAUGUCCCUGAGUCUCCUUCCUCCAGAUGCUCUGGUGGGUUUGAUCACAUUUGGGAGGAUGGUGCAGGUUCACGAACUCAGCUGUGAAAGAAUCUCCAAAAGCUACGUCUUCCGAGGGACAAAGGAUUUAACCGCGAAGCAAAUACAGGAUAUGCUGGGCCUCACCAAGCCUGCCAUGCCCAUGCAGCAGGCAAGACCUGGUCAACCACAGGAGCAACCUUUGGUUUCAAGCAGAUUUCUGCAGCCUGUUCACAAGAUUGACAUGAACCUCACUGAUCUCCUUGGGGAGCUGCAGAGGGACCCAUGGCCCGUGACUCAGGGGAAGAGACCUUUGCGGUCCACUGGUGUUGCUUUGUCCAUUGCCGUUGGCCUAUUGGAGGGUACUUUUCCAAACACAGGAGCCAGGAUUAUGUUGUUUACCGGGGGUCCCCCCACCCAAGGGCCUGGCAUGGUGGUUGGAGAUGAAUUAAAGGUUCCUAUUCGUUCCUGGCAUGAUAUUGAGAAAGAUAAUGCACGUUUCAUGAAAAAGGCGACCAAGCACUAUGAGAUGCUUGCUAACCGAACUGCUACAAAUGGUCACUGCAUUGAUAUUUACGCUUGUGCCCUUGAUCAGACUGGACUUCUGGAGAUGAAGUGUUGUGCAAAUCUUACUGGAGGCCACAUGGUGAUGGGAGACUCUUUCAACACUUCUCUCUUCAAGCAGACGUUCCAAAAAAUUUUUAGUAAAGAUUUCAAUGGAGAUUUCCGUAUGGCAUUCGGUGCUACUUUGGAAGUGAAGACCUCUCGGGAACUGAAAGUUGCAGGAGCCAUUGGUCCUUGUGUGUCUCUGAAUGUGAAAGGACCAUGUGUGUCAGAAAAUGAACUUGGUGUUGGUGGCACAAGUCAGUGGAAAAUCUGUGGCCUGGACCCCACAUCUACACUCGGCAUCUACUUUGAAGUAGUCAGUCAGCACAACGCCCCGGUCCCCCAAGGAGGCAGAGGCGCCAUCCAGUACGUCACGCGGUACCAACACUCCAGCACCCAGAGACGCAUCCGCGUGACCACCAUUGCCAGAAAUUGGGCAGAUGCGCAGAGCCAGCUCAGGCACAUAGAAGCAGCAUUUGACCAGGAGGCCGCAGCAGUCUUGAUGGCUCGGCUGGGAGUGUUCCGUGCGGAGUCGGAGGAGGGGCCCGAUGUGCUCCGGUGGCUGGACCGACAGCUCAUCCGACUGUGUCAGAAGUUUGGACAGUAUAACAAAGAAGACCCCACCUCUUUUAGGUUAUCAGAUUCCUUCUCUCUGUAUCCUCAGUUCAUGUUCCAUCUUAGAAGAUCUCCAUUUCUCCAAGUGUUUAACAACAGUCCUGACGAGUCGUCCUAUUACAGACACCAUUUUGCCCGACAGGAUCUAACCCAGUCCCUCAUCAUGAUCCAGCCCAUUCUGUACUCGUAUUCGUUCCAUGGGCCGCCAGAGCCAGUACUCUUGGACAGCAGCAGCAUUCUAGCUGACAGAAUUUUGCUGAUGGAUACUUUCUUCCAAAUCGUCAUUUACCUUGGUGAGACCAUAGUGCAGUGGCGGAAAGCUGGGUACCAGGACAUGCCUGAGUAUGAAAACUUCAGGCACCUCCUGCAGGCACCACUGGAUGACGCCCAGGAAAUUCUGCAAGCACGCUUCCCAAUGCCACGUUACAUUAACACGGAGCAUGGAGGCAGCCAGGCUCGAUUCCUUUUGUCCAAAGUGAACCCAUCUCAGACACAUAAUAACCUGUAUGCCUGGGGACAGGAAACCGGAGCACCCAUCCUAACUGAUGACGUCAGCCUGCAGGUGUUCGUGGAUCAUUUGAAAAAGCUGGCUGUCUCCAGUGCUUGUUAAACUGGAAGGUGUGGGCAGAGCAUUGAAGAACACAUUGGAUUUUGUUCACAAUUGCUGAUAAUGGCUUAAAAACAUUCCUUUCACCUUUCUUGUGGGUUUUAAUAAAAAAGGAAGCAUUGUACGUAAUUCUUUAGAUUGUAAUUUAUUUGUAUUCCUUAUUUGUUCCCCUUUUCCUGCAUAAUGAAAUUGUAAGGUCA